AUGUCACUCCUACUUGGCUUCAUCUUGCUGCCUCUAGCCGCUCUGGGCGCUUUAGUUUUGAAGGGCUUCUACAGACUUUAUCUACAUCCACUUUCUCGUAUUCCAGGACCAAAUAUCGCAGCUUUCACUUCACUAUGGUUGGCAUACCACACCUACAUUGGCGAUGAAUGCACCGUGAUAUUUGAUCUCCACCGAAAAUAUGGCCCGGUUCUUCGCGUUGCUCCAAACGACAUUGAUAUUGCCGCGGGAGAUGCCAUAGAGCCAAUUUACCUCGCUCGUGGUGGCUUUCCCAAGUCACUCGCAUACAAAAAGUUCAACAUUGAAGGUCACAGUACAAUUUUCUCCACACUGACACUCCCAGAGCGGGCAGCGAGAGCCAAAUCUGUUGCUCCUCUAUUUUCAACUACUUCCCUUCGGCAGUCUGAAAAAGUCUUAUCGCCGGUCUUUGAUGAUUUCGUGAGACGUCUUCGACGGGAAGCUAAAAAUGGCAAGCCUGUCAAUGUUCUGAAUGUGUCUCGCUGCAUGGCAAUUGAUGCUAUAAGUGCAUACUUAUUUCAGCAUCAGUACGGAGCCCUUAACGAGGACUCUGAUGUGAUGUCCGCCUCACCAUUUGUCGAUGCCUAUGUUGGCGUCGGCGCAUUCUUCAAUUUGAUGCCAGGAAGAAUGGGUGACAUUCUGAUGAUGGCUAUUGAACGAUUCAGAGCAACAGAACUCACGGAAAUAGCGUUUUCACUCAUUGACAGCUACACAAGUCAGCUUAUCAAAGUAGCAACGCCGAAAUCUGGUAGCUAUCAGAGCCGCCUCUUGGAAAAACAGUCAGCCAUACAGUCUCAGAUUGAAUUGAAGGACAUCUGCUUUGCAGGAACAGACUCUACCAGUAUGAAUACUGCUACCACGAUGUGGUACUUAGCCAAGUAUCCCGAAACAUAUGAUCGACUUCGACAAGAGAUCCAGACUUCAGUCUCCAAAGGGGAAGAUCCCGCCCAAUGCAACUACCUCCGUGGGGUAAUUCGAGAAGGGCUUCGCUUAUCCUGGGCCAAUCCUAUUCGGCUCCCGCGGGUUGUUCCAGCAGUGGGGUGGAACUAUCACCAAUACUACUUCCCGGCCGGAACGAAUGUCGGUGUCGCAUCGUUCCAACUACACCAAGAUGAAGCAGUCUUUCCGAAUCCCUUGCGUUUUGACCCUGGGCGCUGGUUAAAUCCUACAGAUGAUAUGCUGAAUCAUUUUUUUGCAUUCGGGAAGGGUACUCGAGCAUGUAUUGCGCAGAACCUUGGUUUUCUGGAGGUGACUACCGCAAUCCUUAAAGUGGCUGAGGCAGAUUUGCUUCGUGGAUCCAGAGUGAUUGAUCAAGAAAAGAUUCAAAUCAAAGAAUGGUUCAAUUCUAGGGUGGAAGGGGAGAAAAUACUGAUACAACUGAGGCCAGACGUGGCUGGGUCUUCAAGUCUUGCAUAA